GUCACGGGCGACGUGGCUUGGCUCGCGGGAGGAGCAGGUCAAGCAAAAGAAGCAGGCGUAAUAAUCCUUCUUCCACAAUAUGUUACUUCAACAUGAUGGCCUCAAGACAGCUCAAAGAGGUGAAGGAUAAAAAUGGAACAUUCUCCUCGGUUUUAUGCGGAUGACGCUUGGACUGCAGACAGGAUAAAAAACAGCCAUUCUCAAAACAAUUGACAGUUCCCUCAAGGUUACAGGGGUGCGUUGACAGUAUUAAAGUACACUGAAGCAGCAGAGCUGAUAAUGAAACAUGGCACGAUCUCCAGAGGUGGCCAUGGUUGAAGUCCAGCUGGAGAUUGAGUACACCUAUCCCAAGUUCCUGCUCAUUGCCUUCAGUGCUUGCACCACAGUGCUAGUUGCUGUCCACCUCUUUGCCCUCCUCAUCAGCACCUGCAUCCUCCCCAACGUGGAGGCCGUCAGCAAUAUCCACAACCUGAACUCAGUCAAUGAGUCUCCACACGAGCGCAUGCACUAUUACAUCGAGCUGGCCUGGGGCUUCUCCACCGCGCUGGGCAUCCUCCUCUUCCUCACUGAGGUGGUGCUGCUCUGCUGGAUCAAGUUCCUGCCGAUCGACGCUCCGAAGAAUAGGACAAUGGGGACGGGAGGAGGAGGUGGUGACUACACGGGUUGGCAGGCAGCUUUUGCUUCCACUAUCAUCAUGGUGCCGGUCGGCCUUAUAUUCGUGGUGUUCACCAUCCACUUCUACCGCUCCCUGGUCGGGCACAAGACCGAGCGGCACCACCAGGAGAUCGAGGAGCUGCACAAACUGAAGGUGGAACUGGACGGUCACGACCGACUGCAGGUGGUUUGAAAUGAGGGAGGAGGAGGGGGGGGAAGAUGGCAGAGCCUCGCUUGGGGGGAGAGAACUCUCCACUCCUUACAGCCUCUUGCUCUCGGGUGCGGUGCCCAGCGGACUCUCUCAUUCUAUUCGGGAAUCUAGGUUUACAGCUGUAGCUUUCACGUCCUCGCGAGCGGUUAGAUUUGCGUUGCCUCGUCUCUCCAAUGAAGAAAUCAUCAAGAUUUCAGUGUUUCCAGCCCGGCAUUUCCACUAACGGGAUGAAAUACGAGCUGGCCGGGGGGGGGGGGGGAAGCAUCCAUUGUUACCUGUGACUUGGAGAGACACUUAAAAUUCAUUUUACACGGCGGAAAAAGGACUCAAGGGCUUGAGCACUGGCUCACAUGAGGGGAGGAUGUGGGCUGAGGCAAGAUUUAGUCAUUCAAGCUUUGUCCUUCUAGAGCACAAUUGUAAGACCUGAGAACCUGUGAUUUGCUGCUGAGACCAGUUAGCAGUGAGUUUGGUACCGACGUCUUAACCCAGUAGUGAACGAUGUAGCUGUGGUCAUACUCGGUGUCUUUUCAGCAUGUGUCCGCUGACCUUAUUGCAGCUUGGUCCAUUCUCCUCCUUUGCACCAAAUACAAGUUAUUGACAUAUUUUCUGAAACUCGUUUUACUAAUUCUCUGCCCCCCCCCCCCCCACACACACACACGCACCCUCCCUCUUCCCUGCCUACCUUACACGUGUUUGUUAGAGAGCCCGGUGGAAGUUUCCCUCCACUUGACCACGUUAACAUUAACAUCUGAAAUCCUAAUCUGCGGUGGCUGCCGUUACUUAAGCUCCCAACACCCAAUGACUGUUCGCCUUAAACCUUUCCAGCCUUUCUGACAAACCCCUUAGACGGAGCCCUUCGCUGCUGAUGAUGUGGGUUGGUUUUCAGACUUUUCCUGCAUUACCUGCGGGGAAACUCCAGGGAGCAAACAGUAAAUAAAUAUGCAAAAAAACA